AUGGAGGCAGCCGCGCCAAACAAGUCCCAGCCUCUGCUUUCGGGGAUCCACGUCCCUUGCCUAACGUGGUUCCAAAACACCAAGACGCAAGACAUCGACUGGACUCUCCAAAAACAACACAUCCGAUAUCUCAUUGAAUCCGGUGUAGAUGGAGUGGUCAUUGCCGGAACCAAUGGCGAAGCCGUCACCCUCUCGCCGCGAGAAAAAUCGAGACUAGUCUCAGAUACCCGCGAGAUAGCCACGUCUCUAGGUAGCCCAGAUGUCGUGAUAACGGUCGGCACAACCAGUCAGUGCACAAAGGAUGUGAUCGCAGAAACUGUACUCGCCAAGGAAGCCGGCGGCGACUACGCCCUUGUACUAACACCCAGUUACUUCCACUUUGCCAUGACCCCCGCCGCAAUUGCCGCCUUUUUUGAAGACGUGGCGGCGUCGAGUCCGCUGCCAAUUAUAAUCUACAACUUCCCCGGCGUGGCAGCUGGAAUUGACCUCGAUUCGGAAAUCCUGGGCCGUCUCGGAAAGCAUAAGAAUAUAGCUGGUGUGAAACUGACUUGCGGGGGAAUCGCAAAAGUCGCGCGGAUUUCUGCCAAUUUCUUGGCCGAUGAAUUCGUGGCGUUGGCAGGACAGAGCGAUUGGCUUGUUCCUGCGCUGUCGGUUGGGGGCGUCGGUGCGAUUACGGGCGUUGCCAACCUGUAUCCCCAGGUCUGCCGGCGAAUUAUCAAGCUUUACCACGGAGGGGAGGUCGAUAAGGCUCGGCUUUUGCAACUCAAGCUCGCGCAAAUGGAAGUAGGGUUCGGCAAAGGAGGGAUUAACGGCACAAAAUGGGCUGUGGCCAAGUUGAGAGGGUAUCCCGAAGGAAGUUGGCAUUGCAGAAGACCUUAUCCCGAGUUUUGCGACACGGAGAAGCAGGCCUGGAUAUUAAGCACGGUUGAGUCGUUGCGAGAAGUUGAAGAAGCGCUGUUAAAGCGAGACGCAGCUUGA